AAAAGUUUUGUUUAGUGUUUUGUAUUUAGCACUCAAUUCACGUGUGAUUUGAGUUGACGUUCAGUUUGUUUGUCAAUCAAUCGGUGGUUCAGUUGUCAUCUCUGUUGUUGUCCACCAACUGAUCCCAAGGGCUAAGAGAAGGACAACGAUGUCGGAGAAGUGCGUUCGCGACCGACUCAUAGCCAUCGCCGACGACAUGGAAAUGAUCGCCAAAGAACUGUUGGAAAUAGUGUUGACACCGAAGCCGUUGCGCGCGAACCCGACGCUCGACAGCAACCAAUUGGCGGACCUAUUGGUGGCCAAAGACAAGGAGCUGAAGGCGGAGCUCCUGAUGGCUAAGGAGCAGGAAGUGGUUCACAAGAAUAUGUGCGAACUCCGCGAUGAGGUGGACAAACACGACACUCAGAUACGACAGCUCCAGAAGAAUCUCAAGGAAGCCGAACACAUACUGUCGACGGCCAUAUAUCAGGCGAAGCAUAAGUUGCAGAUCAUAUCGAAGGCCACGACUCACGCCAUACCAUCCGAAGAGCUGAUCCGAUACGCGCAUAAGAUAAGCGCCGCCCACUCGGUGUCGGCCCCCUAUAACUGGGAGAUCGGGGACCAGCGG